AUGGUAGCAUUCUCAGCGCAAGGACACCUCAACCCAAUGCUCCGACUCGGCAAACGCCUAAUCUCCCACGGCCUCCACGUCACCAUCGCCACCACCCACCUUCAACCCGGCCGCCGCCUCUUCAAACCCUCCUCCUCCUCCUCCUCCUCCGCCACGGGCCGCGACAUCGACUUCCUCUUCUACUCCGACGGCCUCGACGGCCGCAAGGUCGACAUCGACACCUUCAUGGACUCCUUGUCCCAACACGGGCCCACCAACCUCACCAAACUAAUCCACCACGCUAACAACAGCAAAACGCGGCGGCGGCUUUGCUGCAUAGUCAGCAACCCUUUCGUCCCCUGGGCAGCCAACGUGGCACACGACCUCGGCAUCCCCUGCGCCAUGCUCUGGAUCCAGCCUGUCGCCCUCUACGCCGUCUACUACCGUUACUACCGCAACCUGAACCCGUUCCCUACCUCAACGGACCCCGACCUGACCGUCAACCUGCCCGGGCUGCCCCCGCUGCGAACCGAGGACCUCCCGUCCUUCGUCCUGCCCACCAACACCUUCGGCGCGUUCUCCAAGCUGUUCUCCGAAAUGUUCGGAGCCAUGGAGAAGCACGUGUCGUGGGUUUUCGCGAAUUCGUUCCACGCGCUGGAGGCGGACGUCAUCAUCAAUUCGUCGAAAGAUCUCUUCCCGGUCGUCCCCGUGGGCCCACUCGUGGACCCCUCGCUUCUGGGGAAGGGAGAAGAGGAGGAAGCGGACGGGGCGGUCAACCUGUGGGAGGUUGACCACUCCUGCAUGGAAUGGCUUGACGAACAAGCAGCCGGGAGCGUGGUGUACGUCCUGGAGAUGGCUCUGAAGGAAGGGAGGUGGCCGUUCGUUUGGGUGGUGAAGGGGGCGGAGGCCGGGGAGCUGUCCUCGUCGAGCGGAGGAGGACAAGGGAUUGUGGUGGCGUGGGCCCCACAGACGAAGGUGCUGGCCCACCGGGCGGUGGGAUGUUUCGUGACGCACGGCGGAUGGAACUCCACGUUGGAGGCGGUGGCGGCGGGGGUGCCGAUGGUGGUGUAUCCUCAAUGGUCGGACCAGCCGACCAACGCGAAGCUUGUGGAGGAUGUUUUUGGGGUGGGAGUGAGGGUUAGGGCAAAUGGAGACGGGAGGAUGAUAAUUGGGAGUGAGGAGAUGGGGAGGGCUAUACGGGAGGUUAUGGAUGGGCCAAAGUCGGAGCAGAUUAAGGGUAACGCGAGGAGGUUGAAGAUAGCGGCGGGGGAAGCCGUGGCCGCCGGCGGAGAAGGGACGUCGGAGGUGAGUGUGAGGAAGUUUGUGGACGAGAUUGUUGGGAGGUCGUGUUCAUCGAGUGGGCCAUGUUGUGGUGGGGAAGGGAUUAGUUAA